UUAGGGAUACAAAGAACAUUUCUAUUACUGAUGCAGGACUUGGUCACAGUCUGUGCUUAUUUUGAGUCACAGGAGCGGUGAAGCUGCAGCGGUGACUCCGGUAUGCCGGUAGGAGGAGACUGUGUCCGGUCUUCCGCGUUUCCCUCCAGCGAGCGCUGUACUCUUUGCACCGCACACAGCCACUUCGGUGCAUGUUACUGCGCCCUCUCCCCUCUUUUCCCCCUACAUACAGGAAAAAAUAAGACAACUGUAUAACAUUCUGCCGUCGUCUCGGCUCCCCCACCGUACUGCCCUAUUAAUAUAGCCACAUCCCGGAGUAGACGACCGCCUCAUCCAUGAAUUGGAGUCCCGGGCCCCAGCGCACCGGCUCCGGCUCCAGCCAUGUCGGCCAGGAAUGCAGCGUCUGGCGGCGGUGACAGAGCGGGAGGCGAACCGGCAGAUGUGCUGGUUGAGGAAAACCAAUGCAGUUCUAUGUCUUUGCCCGGCCUGAUGACCCCAUCCUCAGCUGCUGGCAUGUCGUUGAGCAUGGAGAUGCCCAGGAAACGCAAGGGCAGCAUGGACAACCAGGAUAGAAAAACUGCUUCCACCUCUGACGCCGAUAUGGAAGACGACCAGAGAGGGUCAGAUGGGGAGGACCAACAUGUCAAAAUUAAAUGCUUCAGAGAACCGCACAGCCAAAUUGAGAAGAGGAGACGAGACAAAAUGAACAAUCUCAUCGACAAACUGUCAGCCAUGAUCCCUACUUGUAACCCCAUGUCCCGAAAGCUGGACAAACUCACUGUUCUCAGAAUGGCUGUGCAGCACCUCAAAUCUCUCAAAGGUUCAGGAAGUUCUUUUUCUGAAGCCAGCUACAAACCAUCAUUCCUUCCUGAUGAGGAGCUCAAACACCUUGUCCUCAAGGCUGCAGAUGGUUUCCUGUUUGUAGUGGGCUGUGAUCGUGGGAAAAUAGUUUUUGUCUCAGAGUCCGUCACGAAGAUAUUAAAUUAUAGUCGGGCGGAGCUGAUUGGACAGAGCCUGUUUGAUUACAUACACCCAAAGGACAUGGGAAAAGUCAAGGAGCAGCUGUCAGCUUCUGAAUUAUACCCUCGUGAACGGCUAAUAGAUGCUAAAACCGGUCUACAGGUCCAGGCUGACCUCCCAGUCGGUGCUUCGCGGCUGUGUUCAGGCGCACGGCGUUCGUUUUUCUGCCGCAUGAAGUACAAUAAGAUUUCUGUGAAAGUGGAGGAGAAGGAAUUCCAAGCCAGCACCUCCAAAAAGAAAGAGUCACAGAAGUACUGCACGGUCCACUGCACAGGCUACAUGCGCAGCUGGCCUACGAGUCAGCUGGGAGCAGAGGGGGAGGGCGAGGCCGACAAGCAGGACAGCUCCCACUUCAGCUGCCUGGUGGCAGUGGGACGCAUCCACUCCCACUCAUCUCCCCAGGUUAAUGGAGAAGUCCGAGUUAAACCUACAGAGUUCAUCACACGCUAUGCCAUGGAUGGCAAAUUCACCUUUGUCGAUCAAAGAGCUACGACCAUUCUUGGUUAUCUUCCCCAAGAAUUGCUUGGGACAUCGUGCUAUGAGUACUUCCAUCAAGACGACUUACCGCACUUAGCUGACAGACAUCGAAAAGUGCUGCGGACUAAAGAGAAAAUAGAGACAAACUGCUAUAAGUUCAAAACAAAACACGGCUCCUUUGUCACUCUACAAAGUCAGUGGUUUAGUUUUGUAAAUCCCUGGACCAAAGAAGUAGAAUACAUAGUGUCAACUAAUACGGUUAUAUCGUACGACCACAGUCGAACCAGUCUGGGAAACAAGUCUGAGCAGUCGAGCAAUUCCAAGACUUCUGAAGAAGAUGGCAAGAAGUCCCUUCCAAUUAUACCAGGCAUUUCCACCACACCUGGAGCUAUGAUAUAUGCUGGAAGCAUAGGGACCCAGAUUGCCAAUGAGCUGCUGGAUUUCAACAGGAUGAACUCAUCACCUUCCAGUGGUAGCGUCAGCCCGUUCAGCCUACCACAGGAUAAGUGUCAACAAACACAUCAGUUCACCAACAACGUGCCAAAUGGAGAGGCAACAGACAUGGAGGUGCCAGGAAAGUCCAGCUCAGAGGAUGAGCCACAGGGAGCUGCAUUUUCAGGAGGAGAAGCACUCAUGGGGGAGAAUUCCCAGCUGGAUUUGGAGAGCGUGGUUGGACCAGGCCUUACUAGUUUUAGCAAUGAUGAAGCAGCCAUGGCAGUGAUCAUGAGCCUUCUGGAGACGGACACAAACUUGGGCGAGGCUGUGGACUUUGAAGAGAUGCACUGGUCUUUAUAGAAACUGCUCUUACAGUGUGAAGCUGUAGCACAUUGAAAAAAUACUCUGACCAUCUUUUUUUUUUUUUUUUUUUGAUAACAAGAACUGCUUGAAUGCUUAUUCUAAAACAUAGCAUUCCUCUUUUUGUUUUUAAAAGACUUUUUUUUAUUUAUUAGUAACUUUUUUUCCACAUAAGCUGUGUAUCUUUCGUGUGGCUCUUCUCACAGGGAGCAGGAUCGACAACUAUAAGGGACACCUGCUUCCCCUUUUUCAGAAAGAGGAUGUGCCUCUAAAGCCUUACAGCAGUCUGCGUGCCCUGAAACGCUGUUCCUCACUGCUUUCCUAGCACCAUCCUCCGUUUAACUAAAAAGGCCCCACAAGGUGGAAGAACCCAGGAACAAAAAUGACAUCAUGUACAAUGGCUCUGGAUUCCUGCUUAGAUUUCUGUCCUAAACCUACAUUUGAACAAAAGUUGGGAGUGACGA